UCUUUUAAGUCAAGACGAUAUUCAUACAGAGCUUUUUAGGUACUCGUACCACUUCCCAGAGCUUUUCAAGCUCGUUCCAGAUCAGUACAAGUACGCCAGGUUGGCUGUGGCGAUUUUGGAUCGUAACAAGAUAGGAGAGAAUGAGAAUAUUGCUAAUGAAAUAAAUGAAAUUGUCGAGGAUGAGGAAAAAACCAAAGAAAUUUUGGAAGCUGCACGCACAUCGAUGGGAAUGGAUAUCUCAGAAAUGGAUCUGGCUAAUAUAGAAAGAUUUGCUUCCCGCGUAGCCUCUCUUACUGAAUAUCGCCAACGUCUUCAUGAGUACAUCAAGGAUCGUAUGAAUAGCUGCGCUCCAUCACUGAGUGCGUUGAUUGGAGAACAGGUCGGGGCUCGCCUUAUUUCUCACGCUGGAUCGCUUACGAAUUUGGCGAAAUAUCCAGCUUCGACGGUACAGAUCUUGGGUGCAGAGAAAGCAUUGUUUAGAGCGCUGAAGACUAGAUCUGCUACUCCAAAAUAUGGAUUACUUUUUCACUCAUCAUUCAUUGGAAGAGCAUCUACGAAGAACAAAGGAAGAAUCUCUCGUUUCCUUGCUAAUAAGUGCACAAUCGCUUCAAGGAUAGAUUGCUUCUCAGAGGUUCCUGUAGCUACUUUUGGUGAAUUCUUGAGAGGACAAGUGGAAGAACGUCUGAAAUACUUUGAAACGGGUGAAAUUCCUCAGAAGAACAUCGAUGUAAUGUCGAAAGCUCAAGAUGAGGCAAAACAC